AUGAGCUUGGGAAAUUUUCUACAAGGCUUAAUCAUUGGAUGUCUCCUGCAUCUGCAAAAUAGCGAUAAUGCCCGAUUCGGGAUGAAACUAGAGGUCGAAUGGGAAGUUUUAAUGAAGUCAACGAAGUUUGCAGUCUCCCUCUAUUUGACUUCUGGGAUUGAGAGUCCCAUCACUCCAAGAUCCUGUGACUUUGAAGAAGGUGUUGAGGCAGACAGAAAGAGUUCUCUGGGUUGGUAUUAA